AAGCAGCCCCCUUUCAGCCUUAGCGUCGGUCCAGCUCUUCUCCUAUUCUUCCUGAGCUCCCCCGUACCUUUUGGACUAGUCCGUUCGGGCGUAGUUGAACGACUAACUUUCUCUAAGUCUCGCCGAGCCCGCUCCUCCUCAUCUCCUCUAUCCUUCCCCCCCCCCCUAAUCUCUCUUCCCCGUGGUCCAUGGUUCAUUCCCUUCCCUUUCCCUUCUCUUCUCCUCCCACCAUCCUGCUUGGCUUCGGAUCUCGAUAGUCGAGUCCUCCGCGAAACGAGCGUGGUCGCCCUGGUCCACGUCUUUGCAUACUUCUGCCGGUAUACUCGCUCGCCACUCCUAUUGAUGGCCUGCAUUGCCCUCCGCCCACUUUGAGUCCAGAUUCGAGUCUCAACCGGCAUCACUCUCGCUCUCGGGUCCAUUGUUCACGCCAAUUCCUCGUCCUUCUCUUGAUCUGGCCCGACCCUUUCUCUCGCAAAACCAACUUGAUCCUUCUAGUAGUAUCAGACGAGCUCUCCACAUUCCGUUGUGAGGCCCGCAAUCAUUCAACGUCGCUGCCACCAUCACCAUUACCACACCGGGUAGCAUCUAUAGAUCUAGAUUUCCAAUCUAUAUCACCCACCACCACAGACCGUCAGAAUGGGACCGUCUUUGAGAGACCACGCGUCCUUCGUCCGGCCAUCCACUCGCGAUCGCCCGACGACUCGCGGCGAGGGGGAAAAUUCGCUGGUCGUCCCCAGCCGCACGUCGUCGCUGCACUCGCGCAUCACCCAACCCAUUCCUUCGACUCUCAACAUGAAGCCCGCUCAGCGGACUCCCAAAACUCUCACUCAUGCAUACAUGGUCUGCGGUGUCGGCCGUGAGCCCUCACAAUGGGUCAAGGCACCCAUUCCCGAACAGGGCAAGAUUGGCCACAUGAAGGGUGCUGUUGGCCAGUUCUGGCUUCCCGAGAUCCUGGGUAGCAGCCCUCGAUUGGAGCAGGAUAAUGAAAUUGCACGAGCCCUGCACUCGGCUAUGCGGGCAUGCUUCCCCCACGAUGUCGAGAUUUGCACUGGCAAGAGCCAGCCUCACUGCGCCCACCACGCCUUCGUUCUCCAGCAAGAUUCUUCUCACACCCUGUACGGUAUCGCGCUGCGCGUUUGGUCCCGUGCCGAUGAGAAGCGUGCCGAGACCAUCCGCGAAUUGCGCAAGAAGACCGAGCCCGACUUUUAUGACAACCCUGACGAGACCUACUGGAUCCCUUACUGCCUGAGCUUCCUCUCCCGCUACCCUCUGUACGACCUGCUGGGUGAUUACCUUCGGGGAAUGUGGAUUCACUGGAACAAAGCCACGAAUCUGUUCCACGCCGAGGAGGUCUCUCGUAUUCUGAGCUUCCCUGCUCCUCGACUCAACGAUCUUGUCCGUAUCGACAUGAAGGACUACGCCCUCUGCUACCAGUUCCCCUCGUCCCCAACGGGUUUCCAGAACUUCUCCAUGUGGCCCCUUUUCAACUGCUUGUCGAUUCCGAACAUUGUCGGAGUCAUUGAAGCCGCGGUUUCCCCCACCCGCCGAAUCAUCUUCGUCUCGCACUACCCGGCUAUGCUGACCGUGGCUGCCGAGACUGUCCGCUACUGCGUUCGUGUUUACGAGUGGAGCGGCCUCUACGUCCCCGUCGUGCACGCUCGGCACGUCAAGGAGCUCGUCCAGGAGCCCGGCCCGUACAUCCUCGGUAUCACUGCCGAGUGCCGCACUCUCUUCAACGCUCCCUCCGAUGCCCUCGUUGUGGAUCUCGACCGCAACUUCGUUCUCACCUCCAGCCCACCCAACGUUCUGAACCAGGGCCAGCGCACCAAGUUCAUCACCCGCCUCACCCAGGCUCUGAACGGCGAUGUCUCACCCUCCGGAGUCCCCACUCACCUCCGCUCCGCUUACGCUGGUGGCAAGCUGAUCCCCGCCGGUCAGAUCAUUGUCAUGCGUGGUGAGGUGGAGAGCGUUCAGGACCCCAACUGGUGGAACCAGGACGCCGUCAUGGGCGUGAUGGACCACGUCUGCGAGAAGCUUGGCCGCAACACUGGCGUGAAGGCCAUCUUCGGCGGUUCCGUCAAGAAGCCCCUCAUGACCAAGGUAUCGAUGCGUCAUCUGAACGAGAUCGUUCGUGAGCGCAACCAGUACUCGCGCGAUGCGAUGGAGGCCUGGCAGGACUUCAUCAACCUCAAGGGCCGCAUGGACACCGAGCUCAGCAAGGUUACCAAGCGCAACAACUUCCUGGUCGAGGAGCUCGAGACCUGGAAGCAGCAGUUCCUCAAGUUCCAGGCAUUCGCUGAGCAGCUUACCAAGGAGACCUCCGAGCUCAAGGUCAAGAUUGAGAACCACAAGCGUGAGAACCGUCGCCUCACUGGUCUCAUUGACCAGCAGAAGGAUGACGUGGCUCGUCUCACUCUUCGUCUGUCCGGCACUGAGAAGCAGCGUGACGACGCUCUCGAGGCUCUGGUUCUCCAGCAAGAGAUUGCCGAGGAGCUCGAGCGUGAACGCAAGCGUAACCAGAAGGAGAUCUCCGCCCUCACCCACACUAACUCCACCCUGUCUCGUCAACGUGACGAUGCCCAGCGCGUGGUUCUGCACCUUCGCAGUCUGAUCAAUGGCCAGAGCCACCACAUGGAGCACAUUGUUCGCUCCAUUGGCAGCAGCUCCGAGAUUACUGAGAUGGUCGAGCAGGGUUACGAAGAUGCCCCCGAAGAGGCUACCCCCCGCGAAGAGCGCAUGGAGACGGUGAAGGAGUCAAGUGGCAAGGAGAGCAACGUUCAAAAGGCAACUUCGGACCACAAGACCCUUGCCCGUCUGAGCAUUACCGAUGUCGCGGACCGUUACCUCCGCGACAAGACGGAUGCUAUCGCGGACAUUAUUCGUAGCAUCAGUGACCAGUGCGCCGCCGCUGUCGAGGGACUCCACCUCGCCCAGGACGCCGAGGAGGACGAGGAGAUUGAUUCCAACUCCAAGUCCUCCGCUCAUCAGAACGGUGAUGGCCGUCUGGGCUCCGAGUAUGACGACGGCCGCACGACCCGUGCCACCAGUGAAGUGAGCGACAUGGACAACAACUCGCUGCACCCGGACAACCGUCACUCCAGCAUCCCCCCCACUCCCGACUUGGUCCACAACCGAUCCAGCACUUCUAUGUCCAUGGUGAGCAGCUCGACUUUCCCGGAGCGGUCAAGCCAGCAGUACGGUCCCGGUGAUAUCCCGACCCGUAUUGUGGAGGAUGACGAUGAGCAUGCCCACGAGACGGAGAACGUGGAUGACCAGGCCACAGAGACUGGCACCCUAUCCAAGCAGGCCAGUGAGGAUCUCAUGCGGCCUCAGACCGCACGGGUGAUUUCUUAGUUUUGCUCUCCAUUCCACUAGCUCUGCCUGAGGACGAUGUGCAACGCUUGAACCCCUGAGAUGACCUUGAAUUUUCUUCUCUAUUCUGAUACAUUCUUGCUUAUAUUGGCGUGGUGUUCCCCUUCUCUCUCCCUUUCUUUCUUUCUUUUUCUCUUCUCCCUGACUGGUGCCGUGAAUCUGACACGUACACCAAUGCUCUGGUUGUCCGGCGUAGUCUUGAUCUGCUCUUCUUCGCUUCGUGGUGUCACUUCCGAUACUCCUAUAUCCAAUCCCCCGCUUUCUACCCCCUGAUUCCUUGUCUAUCCAUAUUUACCUCCCAUUUUGGUCCUGUGGAGGGGCUUUUUCCUUGAGCCUCCUUUUCUGCCCCACUCCCAGGAAGUCUACUAUUGUCUUGUGUCUUGGGUGGCCGUGCCUUCCGAGUUGGACCGGCUUGUUCACUUGUUGUUUUUUGCUGCUUACCGCUCCUUAUCUUGUGCCCGAGGCCUUGACUGCUGUUGCAUUGAGUAGAUCUCAGCGCGAGAGAGCGCUCCACUCUGCACCCUCCUGCAAAUCUUUUCCAAAUUGCAGAUACAUUUCCUUGUUGUCUACAGUGUGUGCCAUGCACCUUUUUUUUUCUUUGUCCCUUUCUUUGCCAAGUCGUCGACCUGGACUCGUCGAUCGUAUAUGGGACAAUCCAUCCCACCUGCUGUAUUUAAAAAUGGAUUCUGUUAAUUGUUCUACUAUGGCGUGACUCGUAAUUUUUAAGAUGUUUGCUAGAACUUGCUUUUUUACAGUCGAGGCAAUUGUUGGUGACACGAAAAUCGCCAUUUGAAACUAUAGACAGGCUUGGCUUUUCAUCAUGAGAUAAGAUCAGGCCAGCUUUCCAGGAACAACGGGGUGGCCAGCACUUAAACCACCGCAAACAGCCCACGCCUGACCAUUGACAUAGCUGCUCUCAUCACUACCCAAGAACAAUGCCACGCGGGCAACCUCAUCAGCAACGGCCCCGCGCUGCAACGGGUUCAACUGUCUGGGCGAUAGAGACAACUGCCGCCUUGGAGGCAGAGUAAUCCGUUGAACCCGCGUUAGAGCGGAGACCUGCCACCGAAGCAGUGCAGAUGAUGGAGCCGCUGGGGUAUGGCUUGGCCUCGGAAGUAACUUUCAUAGCCGGGGCAGCGUGCUUUGCG